AUGGCCGACCUUUCCUCUCUCCCCUCAGAGCUCAUGCUCCAUGUCCUCAGCUAUCUUCCUAUUCGUGACCUCCUCUGCUUCUCUGUCACCAGUCGCUCUUCAUACGCUCUCGCAUCGUCAAGCCUGCAAACCCUCUCCCUCGGCAUAUAUCCCACGCGGGUAUCCAGCCUGAUCAGCCAGCUCUCGAGCACCAACCCCUCCGCAUCACCGUACUCGCGCAGCCGAAGAAGCAGCCUCGAACACGGCCGCAAAGCAGCAAGCACGCCCGCCAAACCAGAGACGACGGCCGCGGACCUCUUCAACGAAAACUGCACCGUCGCCCAUGUCAUCCCCUCGGCGUCCAACUUUCAGCCCCACACGCUGCUCGCCUUCCACACGGCCCUUACCUCGUCCAUCCUCGCCCGCUACCGCGUCUCGCUGCGCCAUCUGGAGUUGAGCGUCUGGGCGCUCACGCCGCCCGUCGCCAAAGCCCUGGCCCAGCUGCACAACCUGCGCUGCCUGAGCCUGCGGGUCGAGGACCCCUUCGGCCGCGGCUUCCUGCGGCGCUGGGUCAUCAAUUGGGGCCACGACGGCGACGGCAAGGCCGGGACCGGUGUCGAGUGGAACGAGCUGGCGCUCGCGUGGAAGCGCCUCCAGGUUCUGCGCGUCAGUGGCGCUGAUGUCAGCGAUUGGCAGCUCUGUCAGAUUGUGAAGAACAAUGCGGGUCUGAAGGAGCUGUGGCUGAAUAAGUGUCCGGCGGUGGGGAGGGAGCUGCUGACGUUUUUGGGGGGGGAGUGGGAGGGCAGGGCUGGGCUGGAGACGCUGGGCUUGGUCGACUGCAAUCUUGAUGCCGAUGUCAAUGAUGAGGUUGUACGGCAUGUGGGCGGCUUGUCGAACCUAAAGUUACUAUCCCUGCUAGACUGCAGGGGGUUGUCAAACGAAGCAGUCGAGCGCAUGAACGAGGACGUUUGGCACAUUCCAGAUGUCGAGCUGCCGCAUUCGACAGACAAUGGGCUGGCACCCGCCGUCAUUGAGGUCGAUCCCGCUUAUAUCGACAUCGACGAUGAUGACUGA